AUGCAAAUUUGCAGGGCUCUACUCACUGCUUCCCUUUAUGCCAGUCUCGCCCAAGCAUCUGCUCCCAAUGGACCUUGGGAUGCAUUCAACUACGCACCUGUGUCAAGGACUGUUCGUCCAGCUGCCGUAUUCAAAUCGUGGGGCUCAAUUGCGAAUGCGGAGAAUCUACUCUCAGAGUCAGGCGAAGCUUCGCUGAGUGGUGACGGAUCAUUUGUUGCUCUGGACUUUGGUAAAGAAGUGGGCGGACUGAUUACUAUGAGACUUUUUCCAUCCUCGAAUAGCAGCGCUUUCUCACUCUCGUUCUCUGAAUCGCCUAUCUACGUCAGACCUCUUGCUUCUGAUGACUCAACGUAUCCUGCUCCGAAUACAACAUUUGACGGUGUAGAACCGGUGCUGGCUCCGCUCCCUUCUAGCCUCUGGACGCAACCAGCAGAGCGUCUUCGCGGAGGCUUCCGUUAUCUUACGAUCGUCUCAAACUCCGAAGAUAAAUUAACAAUCAGCAACAUCACCUGCGAGAUUUCUUUCGCACCGCAUGUCGAGAAUAUGCGCGACUAUGCGGGAUAUUUCUCCGCGAAGGAUCCGGUGUUCCACGAUCUCGACUUCCUAACGAAGCUGUGGUAUGCUGGAGCAUACACCGUACAGGCCAACGUGGUCUCGUUACAUACAGGAAGGCAGAUUCCACCUGUUGCGUCCCCAGGUUGGGCGAACAAUGCGACACUCGGCGUUGCAGGUCCAAUCAUCGUCGACGGAGCAAAACGUGAUAGGGCUGUCUGGCCAGGCGACAUGGGCAUUGCUGUCCCAACUGCCUUUGUCAGCACGAAUGACUUACUUCCUGUUAAAAACGCUCUGUCAACAAUGUUUGCCAAUAUCAACCCUGUGACGGGAGCGUUGCCAGAGAGUGGGCCACCGCUAAGCCAACUUGACAGCGAUACCUAUCACGGUUGGACACUCAUUGGCACCCAUAAUUACUACCUAUACUCUGGUGACGUUGAUUGGUUACAAACCGUUUGGGCAAACUAUACAAAAGCGGUACAGUUCUUGGAAAAUAAGUCGACUCCAUCUGGCCUUAUAAACAUAACUGGUCUACGUGACUGGGCACGACUUGGUGGAGGAGGAAUCAAUGCAGAAGGCAAUGCAAUUUACUACAAGGUCCUUACAAACAGUGCAGACCUCGCCACGCACCUAAACGAUACUUCUCUUGCCUCCGCCUAUUCCACGAAUGCCUCAAUUGUCAAAUCCGCGUUUAAUGAAGUCUUCUGGGUAAACUCGCUCGGCAUGUACCGCGACAACGACACGACAACACUCUGCCCUCAGGACGCGAAUUCCUUCGCAGUGCUAUUCAAUCUCACCCAGAAUGCGUCACAAGCGAAUUCAGUCAGCGCGGGUCUCGAAAAGAAUUGGAAUGAGCUCGGCGCGGUUGCUCCUGAGUUACCAGACACGAUUUCUCCUUUCAUAGGUGGAUUUGAGCUCCAAGCCCAUUUCACGUCCGGGAAUGACCAACGAGCCAUGGACUUGCUGCGCCGCGAAUGGGGAUAUAUGUUAUACACAAAUCUCAGCGUUCAGUCGACUCUGCUAGAAGGAUAUACCGCUAAUGGUUCAAUCGGGUAUCGUUCAUACCGUGGAUAUAAUUACGACCCCGCAUAUACUUCUCACGCCCACGGCUGGAGCUCAGGCCCCACUUCAGCGCUAAUGUUUUACGUCUUAGGCCUCCAAAUCACUACACCGCAAGGCCGAGAUUGGACACUCGCACCACAUACUUCCGAUUUAAGUUCCGCGGAGGGUGGCUUCGAAACCCCUCUUGGCUGGUUUGGAGCUUCAUGGAAGCUGUCAGGAAAGAUCUUCCAAAUCAAUGUUAAUACACCAAAGGGCACGAUGGGCACGACAAUUAAGGUUGAUGGCGAGGUAAUGAGAGUGUCAAAGGAGAAUGGGUCGAUGAGCAUCACUGUCUCCGGUGGAGAGCACUCAAUCAUCACGAGUUAG